CCAUCGAAGAAAAAAAGCAAAGGAAAAUGGGAAAUGGAGGAGGACAAGGCCAAGCAAGAGAGAGAAAGUAGCACCUUCUAGAGAGAGAAACUAGAGAGAGAAAGUGGGGGACAAGGGAGCGGGUUUUCUGAUGGGUCAGAUCGGGAAGAGAAAGAAGAAGGGAAGGCCAUCGAAGGCGGAUCUGGCGCGGCGCUCCGCCGAGUCUCAAUCGGCCGAGCAGUCGGAUAUCCGGCGAAGCCUCCGGCGCCGGAAUGUGAGGUACAACAUCAUUGAGUACGAUGACGAUUACCUCGACGAGGAUGAGGACGAGAGGAGGCGCGAGAAGAAGAAGCUUAAGCUCGUUGAGAAGCUCAACAGUGACGACGACGAAGAAGCAGCAGCAGCUCGAGGUGAAGGAGAAGAUGACGCUGAAGAAGAAGCCGAAGAAGAAGAAGAGGAAGAGGACACUCGCGCCUAUUCACGUGCUGAACACGCGCUUGAAGAAGAAGAAGAAGAAGAAGAAAGAGGUGAUUGUGAUGAAAUUGAAGGACGGGAAGAGAACGAGGAUGCAGAAGACGAAGAAGAAAUGGCAAAAGGCAGAAAAGUGGGUUUGAAAGGGCUCCACAGUGCUUCAGGAACUCCAACGAAUUAUACAUCUGGGAUUCCCUUGCCUGAUAAGAGGACACUAGAAUUGAUCCUUGACAAGCUUCAAAAGAAGGACACUUAUGGUGUGUUUGCAGAGCCGGUUGAUCCCGAAGAGCUCCCCGAUUAUCAUGAUGUGAUUGAGCAUCCCAUGGACUUUGCCACUGUAAGGAAGAAGUUGGCAAAUGGAUCCUAUUCUACUUUGGAGGAAUUUGAGAAUGAUGUAUUUUUAAUCUGCUCAAAUGCAAUGCAAUACAAUGCACCAGAGACUAUAUACCACAAACAGGCACGAGCAAUACAAGAACAAGGGGGGAAAAAGUUUGAGAAGUUAAGGAUAGCCUUUGAAUGCUCUCAGGCUGAGCUGAAACCAGAACAAAAAUCAAGAUCUAAUGCUUUGGUUAAGAAGCCAGGAAAGAGGCCACCAGGUCGACCCUCACAGGAACCUAUUGGCUCUGAUUUCUCCUCAGGGGCAACUCUUGCUACUACUGUUGAUCUACAGCCAACAUCUUAUCCAGUGCAAGGGGGUAGCUGUGAGAGGCCUGGAAUCAUUGAUGGAAUUCUAGAGGCUAAUGCUUUCAUGAUUGAUGCAACUCAAGAGAAAGCUGAAGAUGUUUUUUCAGGGAGAGGUCUUCUCUCUAAGAUGGGAAGGCGGUCGUUAGCGCUUGAUGAGGAUCGUCGUGCAUCUUAUAAUAUGUCAAAUCAAUCAAUUACACGAUCAGAUUCAAUAUUUAUGACUUUUGAGACUGAACCAAAGCAUCUGGUCACUGUUGGACUUCAUGCAGAUUAUUCCUAUGCUAGGAGUUUGGCUCGAUUUAGUGCUAGUCUAGGGCUUAUUGCUUGGAAAGUUGCUUCCCAGAAGAUUCAGCAGACGCUGCCAGAUGGCUAUAAAUUUGGUCGUGGUUGGGUUGGAGAGUAUGAACCACUUUCAACCCCAGUAUUAAUGUUUAACAACCGUAUCCAAAAGGAUGAUAGUCUGGUUAGGAAGUUGCAUUCUAGGAGUGAAUUUAUAAAGGGUGAUAGAAAUUGUAAGAUUGUGGAACCCACCGUUGAACACCAUGGCGAUGGGCAAGUUUUUCAGGGAAAGCAGUCUUCAAUUUGUCCUCCCAAUGGGCUUGCAUCAGAGGGAAAACCCUUUUUGUUUGGUUCUGCAGGGAUAAGGCCCAAUACUUCUGCUGACCUUGAGAAUCUUGAUAAUCAGAAACAGAGUGUCCAAUCAAAGAGUUUCAGCAAGUCUGAGACUCAAGGUUUCAAACAAGUGGAGUUGAACUCUGCACUUUCAGCUAAUCAAAAUAAUUCCAAUUCAGUUGCUAAGUUUCCAAGUAAUGCUCCUCCAACUUUGUCUAAGCCCAGAGAAAUGGUAUCAAGGAACUUGAAUGCUGCUCCAUCUGUAUUGUUCAAACAGCCGGACACUAAUGGAGUUGUUAGUGGAGAAUUGUCGAAUGGAAAAGUCAUGAAUACCAGUUCUAAUAGAGAGGUGACUGGUCCAUCAUCCGAAAGUACAUCAAACCAAGCAGGGAGAGCAGCUCCUCCUGUCCAUGGCAAGGAGCAGAGUGUCAGUGACCCAGUUCAGUUGAUGAGAAUGUUUGCUGAAAGGGCUCAAAAACAACAAGCUUCAAAUCAUUCCCGGGCUAAUACUCAGCCAGUCAUACCAUCGGAUCGACCUGGACAGAGAGAUGAUUCGGCCAAUGCUUCAGCAGCAGCUGCUGCUGCUCGUGCAUGGAUGUCUGUAGGGGCAGGAGGCUUUAAGCAAGUACCUGACAAUUCGAGCUCACCCAAAAAUCAGAUAUCUGCAUAUUCAUUGUACAAUUCGUCAAGAGAGUUGCAGCAGCAUACAUCCCAGAUUCGGGGGAACUUUCCUUCUGGAUCAUUGCCUUUCCAAUCUGACAAGAACAAUUUUCCAUUUCAAGCACUUGCACCGCAACCUGCUGCCUUACAUUUUCCAAACAGACCUAUGGUCAUCCCUCAAUUGGCAUCGGCUGACCUAUCUAGAUUCCAAAUGCAGUCCCAUUGGCAAGGUCUAAGUCCUCCUACCCAACCAAGACAAAAGCAGGAAACACUUCCUCCUGACUUGAAUAUUGGCUUCCAAUCUCCAGGAUCGCCUGCAAAGCAAUCUUCAGGGGUCGUUGACUCACAGCAACCAGACCUAGCUUUGCAGCUAUGAUGUGGCAUUGCUGUCUUGAUGUUUCCAAAGGAAUUGAACUUAUUAGAACUCGGUUCCUAUCAUUGGAUGUUGAAUUUUCAUCCCAGAAGGUCUGCAUACAUGUGAGAGAGCCAAAGGUCUACCUUGGUUACGAUUUGGUGCAAGACUGCAAGGUAGUGCUGAUUCAAAAAUGUGCUUGCAAGUUCGGAAGACUCAUAGUGGAUUAAAUAACUUCAGAACUUAUUGUGGCAGGUCUCUGUUCCACGUUGUUGAAGCCACAGAAGAAAAUCUGCUGGUGAUUAAUUAAGAAAGUAGGCGAAAAAUCCUAUUGUUGCCUUUGUAAAUUGUUUACAAAUGAGAUCCAAUUGGGUAGAUAUUAGGUCAUCUGAUUGCUUAUGCAAAAUGUAUCUGAAUUGAUGGUAGGGCAUCUUCUUAGUUUCUCUAUUAUUUUGUGCAAUGAAAGUUACAUGUUAUUUAGGCAAAACAGCUGCUUCGUUUUCCUUAACUUGAUAUGGUCACUUCUUUGAAUAGAUUUAGGUUAAGUGCAUUUUCAUUCUUCCUGUCUUGUGUGUUACUUU